AAUUGCACACCUUUGUCGUGUUUCUUCUAGAGGAAUUCAUCGUCGUCUGCAAAGACAUUUCCAAAUUGUAAAAACUCUUAAAGAAAUAGAAAGGAAAUCUUUUCUUGAAUAGAAAAACUCAGCAGCUACCUGACAUCUAACAUAAAAGGUUUUUCUUUGAUAAUUGACAGUAAAAGCCUUAAAAAUGGAGAAUUCUUCAGAUGAUUCUGCUGACAAAGUUGAUUCCAAUGGAGGAGACUCAAGAACUGAUUCUACAUCUUCCUCAUCUGCUUCUUCUUAUUCAUCUUCUUCUUCAUCAUCUGGGUAUCGAUUGUUUGGUCGCCAAUCAUCACUUCAUCAGUUUAUGGGUGGUGGAAAAGCUGCUGAUGUGUUUUUGUGGAGGCGGCGGCGUGUUUCGUUUGGUAUCAUUAUUGUUGCAACAGUAGCUUGGUUUCUGUUUGAGCGCUCUGGAUUACCAUUCUUGACAGUUUGUUCAGAUGUACUGCUGCUUGUGACUGUGUUGUUUUUCAUCCGAGCCAACUUUGUUGCUUUCAGAAAUAAGCAACCGCAUUCACUACCAGAAUUGGUUUUAUCAGAGGAGAUGGUUCAUAAUGCUGCUGCUUCUUUCCGCGUUAAAAUCAAUAGUGUGCUUCUUAUGGCUCAUGACAUCACUAUUGGAAAGGAUUUUAGACUUUUCUUCAAGGUGGUGGUUUGUCUUUGGCUGCUCUCUGCCACUGGUAGCUACUUCUCCUUCUUCACUUUAGCCUACGUAGGAACCGUCUUAUCCAUUACAAUUUUGGCCUUGUAUGGCAAACAUGAAGAGAACGUGGAUAAAUAUUGUGGCAUGAUACAUAGAAAAUUGUCGCAGCAGUAUAAGAUAGUGGAUGAGAGUGUUAUUUCUAGAAUUCCUCAAAGCUUAUCCAAGGACAAAGAUGCAUGAUCAUGAAACAUAUGCACAUCAAGUCUAAAUCUACUUUUCAUAUCAGAGUUUUUUAAAGGCAUCUCGAUGAAUUGUCACCUUUUGCUACCUGGAAACGCACAGGAUCUGAGUAACGUUGCCUUGCUUCUCAAUUCAACAGAUUGAACAAAAUGUUUCAGAAGCAUCCAACAGACUUGUGAACUUUUUGAAGUUUAGCUUGUCCGGAUACCAGCUUCUGUUCAUUGUCAAGAUCUUUGUGUUUUAGAUUGUAAAGAUAGCUGUUCGAUUGAAUCCAUGUAUAACUUGAAAUUGUAAAAUUGAUAUUUCCAGAUAGGAAAUUGUUCAUUUAUCAACUGAUUUUAACUGUUCAGUAUGUUAAUGAUGAUUUUAAGUUCCAUGGAUUA